UAAGAUAGUUAUUCAUAACAUUCGUCUAUCGCUAUCUAAUCGGUAUCACUGCUAUUGAUUCAAACAGUAAUGAGCGAAUAACACUUGUCAAUUUAACAUAUGGAGCAUAUGGAGUGUCUAAAUUAAUAUGGCGAUUUUAAGGAACGCGCCAGACGCGGACGACCCUAUCAGUUAUGUGGCGAGUGCAGCAUUCCUCUGCUGCGUGUCUAUGGUGGUGCUCGGACUGUUUGGGUUCUACGCGAAGGUCAAGGUUGCGUCUAAACGGUCGAAGGAUGAGGACGUGCCUGUUGUCUGUAUCAGCGGCGCGUACAGACCGAAAAGGGACGAUUUCUUCGAAACCGGUUACGUAUCCACGCCGCCUAAAAAAAUAACUCCGGCAAUGGUGACGCUGCCUCUCAACAAUGGCGCGAUGAAGCCUUCGAAAAGCACCAACGACAUGAGGGAGCCAGAAUUUAGAACUGUUAUAUUGAACAAAAGCACGCCAGACAUUUCUUUGGAUCCUCGAGGGGCCAGUAAUCACAAUAACAGAAUCAGUGCAGAGGUAGAGCUUCGGCAUCCAAAAAAAAGUGAUGAAAAGAAUAAUAACCAGAAACUGAGUAAAAAGCAACAAAAUGAACAGAAAGCGAGGGAAAAUGCUGACCGAAAACUGAUUAAAAAACGCCAAGAUGAACAGAAAGCGCGGGAAAAAGCAGCUCAAGACCUGGCCAAGAAAGAGGCGAAGGAGAAAUUAAAACAAGAGAAGGAGCAAGCUAAACUGGCUAAAGCAAAGAAUAAAAAGACUAAAGACAAAGCUCCGCCGUUGCCGCUCAGUCCUCCGCCCCAGACAUCCACAGCACCGCCUGACUAUAUUAAUAACCUGCCUCCGAGGCAACCGACUCAAACUGAUACCUUACGAAGCGAUAUCAAUAGGAGCAGUGGUCCGCCCCCUUACUCGGAAUCACCGCAUAAUAUUCCCCCACAAGCUAGCACUAGUAACGUGAGCUUUGGUAGACCCAUAGACAACACACCGAGUAGUUGGGACUUGGUGAAUCAGCAUAGACAACAGAUGAGUCGCCCCACAGCAACCAUAGGAGGCGCGAAGAAGCAAAUGAUCAUGGACUUGCAGUACAAUAUGAAACACAAUGCCAACGAUAAAGAUAAUAGUGAAGCCUGAUGUGACAAAUCAGCUUUUAGUAUUUUAGUAAUGGAUUAAGUUUUACACAACUGAAAUAAAUAAAUGAAUUAUUGAGUUAUAGCAUAUGCCGUAUCUUAAAGAUAGUGAGAUAUUAGUAAUUAAUCCUGUAAAUUUAGGCUAGGUUAGGCUACUUUAUUUUAAGUUUUUAUAAUGCCUAUGUGUAUAUGAUUAGAAUUUUGUAAAGAAUAAAAACUUUUAAAUUAA